UUGGUGGAAGUGCAAGUGCGGCUGAGCCGCUACCCUAAUUUUCCUGUUUUACCUACCUAUACCUCUCGGAAGCAUCUACCCGGGAACCAACAUCCAGCACCAUGCUCAUUCUACAAACGAAACGCGUACUAACCGCAGCCAUCAUUUCUGCUUGCAGCAAAUCGACGCCCUUUAGUAGCGCACGUCGUAGUUCCAUCUUCGCCGCAAGAAACUUCUGCUUGCAGCGUCCGGAAGCCAUUCCUUACCCGCAGAGCAGGUACCUGGCAACAGAGAGGAGGAAUUUAUCGGUUCUCCAGCAGCAUUACUUUUCGACCGCAUCAUUUACAGUCGACAAGGAGAACAGCGAAGAAUUCAGUGAAAUGGCUCCGAGAUUCGAACGUGACGACUACAAGAAGGACUCGUACCGUGGCGUAAAGCGCACGGGAACGGAAUUCAAACGCCCGUCUGGCCGAGAUGGUCGUGACGGUGGUGGAUUCCGCGGAGGUGCCGGAGGAGGCAGUCGCUUCGGCGGCUCAUCCGGCGGUGGUGGCAAGUGGACCAUGGACUCCAAGCCACUCCAGAGAAUCAACUGGAGCAAAAUGCAGCUACCCCCCUUCAAGAAAGACUUCUACCGGGAACAUCCGGCAAUCAAGAACCGAUCUCAGCGUGACGUUGAGCGGUUCUUGGAAAAGCACGACAUUACAUUGAUUGGAGCUUGCCCCAAGCCAAUUACUGAAUUUAAUGAAAUUGACAUGCCGGAUUACGUUUUGAACGAAAUUGAAAAGCAAGGCUUCCAGAGGCCUACUCCUAUUCAGGCCCAAGGGUGGCCUAUCGCCCUCAGUGGUCUGAACAUGGUCGGCGUUGCCAAGACCGGUUCCGGUAAAACACUUGGAUAUAUGCUGCCAGCAAUUGUGCACAUCAACCACCAGAAGCCGGACCCGAGCGUCCGUGGUCCACUGGUGCUUGUCCUGGCCCCAACCCGCGAGUUGGCCCAGCAGAUUCAACAGGUUGCAACUGACUUUGGAUCAUCGUCGUACAUUCGUAACACUUGCCUGUUUGGAGGUUCCAGCAAGGGCCCCCAGGCCAGCGAUUUGCGCCGUGGAGUUGAGAUUGUUAUUGCCACUCCCGGCCGUUUGAUUGAUUUCCUUGAAACUGGCACGACCACUCUACAGCGCGUCACCUAUUUGGUGUUGGACGAAGCCGAUCGUAUGUUGGAUAUGGGUUUCGAGCCACAGAUUCGCAAAAUUUUGGAACAAGUGCGCCCCGAUCGGCAGAUUUUGAUGUGGAGUGCUACGUGGCCAAAGGAAGUGCAACGUUUGGCCCGCGAUUUCCUCGGAGAUUACGUCCAGAUCAACGUUGGAUCGCUGGAAUUGUCUGCUAAUCACAACAUUACACAGUACGUGAAAGUUAUCGAGGAACACGAAAAGAAUGAACAGCUUGGCAAACUGCUUGACAACCUUUCUUCUCGAGGACCGGCCGGUAAGAUUCUGAUCUUCAGCACCACCAAGCGUAAGUGCGAUCAAAUCACCAGCUAUCUGCGCCGUUACGGCCAGGACGCAGUCGGAAUGCACGGUGACAAGAGCCAGCAGGAGCGUGAGCGGGCCCUGAAUCGCUUCCGCAACUCAAACAGCUGCAUCUUGGUUGCCACCGAUGUUGCUGCUCGCGGUCUAGAUGUCGACGGUAUCAAGGUGGUCAUCAACUACGACUACCCGCAGCAAACGGAGGACUACGUUCACCGUAUCGGCCGUACCGGUCGCUCCAAUGCCACCGGAGAAGCCUACACCUUCUUCACAUCGAACGAGCGCAAGAUGGCCAAGGAGUUGGUUAACAUCCUGGAGGAAGCCAAGCAGGACGUUCCGCCAGAGCUGCUCAAGUGGCGCCACAUGGGCGGCGGUGGCAUCAACCGUUAUGGCAGCGGCGGUGGAAACCGAUUUGGCACCUUCAAGGGAGGACGUAGCAACGAUUUCGGUCGUGGCAGCGGAGGUGACCGUUACGGAGGUGGUGCGAAGCGAUCGUUUGGAGGAAGCUCAAGCUACGGAGGCUCGACGUCGAAUGGCUACAGCGGUAGCAGCUCGAAUGGCUAUGGAAGUAGCUCAAACAGCUACCGCAACGGUACUAGUGGAGGCAGCAGCAGCAGUAACACGAAGCACAUAAAAUUCGACGACUAAAUACGUCGCGUUACGUACUGUACUUUGUCUCAUCUCUAGUAGGAUUAGUCUUAGCUCGUCGUCUUAUCUCUAAUCUUAAUGAUAACCUAUUUAAUUUAAACAACAAUCGUAAAAGAAGUAUUGUUUUUAGUUGAUCCACGUGCGUAAAAAAACGGACCAAUUACGUUUUUCAGUUGAUUUUUACAAAUUUAGAUAAGAGAAAGUGAAUUUCUGCCCUCCGAAGUUGAACAAAAUCAAUUCAUUUGAAAACGAUCGCGCACCGAAGGAACUCGAGAAAAUACUUACAAAUCUUAAUUGCUGUGAUAUAGAGCAUCAGUCGAGUAUCACGUUUAUAACAAUCGGUUUGAAUAGUUUGAAGUUUUAAUUUGAAAAGGCAAUCAUUUACCAAAAUCUGGAAAUAACAAAUGAAACAAUAAAAACAAGAACUGUAAUUUGAAGGCUUUUGUUCGGAUUGAUCCGUUCAGUACAAGAGCGGUGACAUUCCAGUGUAUUAUGUAGCAACAAACCAUGUAGUUCCUCGAUGGAAAAUAAAACAAAGAAGAGAAAUAAAUAUCAGUUCACACUUUACAUUAA